UAACACACAAAAUAUAAACUUAGAUUCUUUAAAGAAAUUGCAGAAUUAAAUGGAGGCAAAUAAGUCUAUGGUGAAGUUGGUUGCUUUCUUGAUAAUUCUUGCAUCAUGCUUUCAAUCUCUCACUGCUCGAGAUUUGGAAAUCGAAGUUAGUGAUGGCUUAAAUGUCGUACAACUACAUGAUUUGUCGCAAUCAUUUUGUCCAGGUGUGACGAAAGAAAGUUGGCCAGAACUUCUAGGGACACCAGCUAAGUUUGCAAAGCAAAUAAUUCAGAAGGAAAAUCCAAAAUUAACAAAUGUUGAAACUCUACUGAAUGGUUCUGCUUUUACAGAAGAUUUGAGAUGCAAUAGAGUUCGUCUUUUUGUUAAUAUAUUGAACUUUGUUGUACAAAUUCCCAAAGUUGGUUAAACAAA